AUUCGCAAAACUACUGGUACAAUCCUUGUUUACAAAACUGAGUGCUAAAUUAAUUUCUUAGAGAAUUAAUACAAAAAUGAGAUGGAGUGAAGCAGUAACCGUGGAAUUUGUCAAAAUGUAUUUAAAACACGAAUGCCUAUGGAAUCCCAACCACCCUGGUUACAAAAUUAAAUACCAAAGAGAAAAAGCUUACUUCGAUAUUUGUUCGGAAUUUAAAACGUCCACAAUGAAAACACUUACAGUUCCCGAGGUUAAAAUGAAAAUAAAAAACUUGAGGACAACUUAUGUACAACAGGUACAAAAAAUCUUGCAAAAAUCGGGUCCCAACUCGAUCUAUGAACCCUCGUUAGUUUGGUUUAACGAGAUGGACCGUUGUUUAAAACAUAUACGAACUAAUCGUCACCUGUAUUCUCUGAGUACACAAGAAACUCCUGGAGUUGAUUCAUCCUGCCAGAUAUGGGUAGAUCAGGGGACACAUCAAGAUAAUGAAGAAAUGAAUCCCGAUCCCCUAUCAAACCCUGAAGAUGAUGAUUUUGAAUCUUCUAAGAUGGAGGAAUCAACUCCCAUAAAGAAGGAAAGAUUGUCACAACCAAGCAAGAAAAAAAAGAAGUAUAAACAUAGAAACUUAAAUCAAAUUCAAGAUUAUCCCAAAAAUGCAAACUUUGAGGCAACAAAGGAGGAUGAAUUUGAUAUAUACGGGAAGUACAUUGCUUCACAGCUCAGAAAAAUGGACUUGCACAAAGCCUUGAGGCUUCAACUUGAAAUACAAAGUUUAGUUAGUGAAGCUAGAUUAUCGGACAUAACUAGUAAUUAAAUUAAAGAAAAGAAGUAUGUAAAAUGUAAUAUUGGUAUUACAAUAAGUAUUUUAAGCUUUUUACCAAAGAAUUAAAAAAUAACCAGUGCAAUUUAAAAUCAUUUAUAUUUUUAAUUAAGGUUUAUAUGUUUAUAAUUUAAUGAUAGAAAUAAUAUUGAGAUAAAAAAUGAUUACAUCUCAUUUUUGUA